CCCGACCGCCGGCUCCAGUCGUCCGCACGGCGCGGACGCUUCAGCACGCGCUACAUAUUGCGCGACUCUCGUGAUCGCGGCCAGUCGACGCUUGGCGAUCCGGAGAGUCGUGUCGGGUGCUGCGUUGGCUGAUCGCGCGAGACUCGUCUUCCGCACCGCCAACGUGAGCGCGCAUCGAGCCUCUUCCUCGUCGAGGGCUCUCUGCGCCUCGAAUGGGAGAUUGCACAAGGAGCAAUUUCGACGGCGGACUCCGCCGAAGAAGCGCGCGUUCAUUGAAAAGCGAGCUUUCUCCGCUAUUCCGCGGCGUCUUCCCGGGCGCUUUCGGCUUUCGAGCCGAGCCAAUUUCACUCGCUCGCCGCCGGUUUCUCCUUCUCUCUUUCUCUCUCUCUCUCUCUCUCUCUCUCUCUCUCUCUCUCUCUUUCUAUCUGUCUCUCUACUCUGGCCUUCUCACGCCAAGUUACUGAGUGCAAAAGGUUUUUGAUACCGCUGUUUUUCGCCGAUGGAACUUAAAAUCCAAGUUAAUCGACACUCUUUUCGACGCCAAAGUUGUACCUCGAUGCUCGUCUUAUCGGAGAAAGGAUACACGAACGAUCGGACAUAGGAUAUGUGUGCCUCGUUAGAUCGGCGGGAUAACGAACAUAUGUAGUAAAAUUCAGCGGUGUGCUUUACCCGCGGAGUUCUCCGUGAUCCGGCGGCAGAGAUCUUGCAGCGACAGCGAUAGCGACAGCGACGGCGACGGCGACGGCGACGGCGGUGUUUUGUACGCCGGCGUGGCACGUGCGCGGUAUCUCGACCAAUAGUGGAAAGUCGGCAACAGCGUGCGGACUAAACGAGAUCUUUUUGUUCGGAACGUCCGUAUACCUUGGGCUAGGGCCGCCUUGAUCGACAUUUAAUUGGACCGAGACAUCGAGGCACCGAGAACGCGGACGGCCCUGAAGAAUUUACCGCGAGCUUUACCGGCCGGACGAGCGAGAGGGGAGAGCGAGGAACGAGAGCGUGGGACGAGGAGGAGCGCGGGACGGGAAGACCGGACUGGAUCUGCGUCAACGAGUGCGGGCGACAAGGAUCUUCGGAGCUUUUAUGCUGCGGUCGGUGUAUCGGCACGUCGAGACGCGCCGCUCGGGACGCGACGACUCGUGAGGGAAGCGAGACGCACAAGUGGGAGAAGAAGUCCACGGUGGGGUCGGAUAGCCGGUGAAGAGGGCGACGGCGGCGACGGCGGUGGCGGCGGUGGAAAUCGGUGAGCACGCUCGUACGUGCGAGACCUCGUGCGUGCCAGUCGCGUUGCUGAGCAUAGCCGAGUCGGAGUUGCCGCGCCGUGGUCAGUCGCGCGCAACAGUUCGUCCCGCGACGAGCUAGUCGGUUAUAUUCGAUUCGCGUGAGCGAACCGCUGCGAACGAGUAGCUGCGGGAGAAAGGAAAGCGAAGGCAGAGGAGAAGAAGAAGAAGAAGAAGCAGAAGCAGAAGCGGAGGGUGACGAUCGGGCGACGAGCGACGUAGAUCGACAGGAUCGACGGAGCUAAUAGAUUUGCUUUGUAGUAGCAAGUACCGACGACGAUCUCGUUUCUCUCUCGACGUCGUCGCUCGUCAUCGUGUCGUGGUGAGCGAAGAAGUGCCGCUCUCUCUCUCUCGCGUACGCACGCACGCACGCACCUACCUACGAGACGUACGUACGUACGACCUCUCUCGCCCUCCGUCGAGUUACACAUCCGAUCUCGGCCCGGUGCGCCGGUCUCUCCCACUAUCUCUCCGUUGCGCGCGGUGUGUGUGCACCCCUUCCCCGCUAGCUCGCUCGCUCGUUCUCCCGUCCCUCGGCAGUGAGAGUAUACCGCGCUGGUGUAUAGCUCGCGCUCUCUCCAUCCAGAGCGACCGAGCGAUUUCAAGAAUGUGACAGUGCGCGUCCUCGCGGUCGGUCGGUCGGUCGGUCGGUUCGCGCGACGAACGAGUUUUCGCGAGCGGUAGUAGCAGCGGAGCGGCCGACGCGGUGGCGAUGGGUGCCGAGGAUCGCGGCGCGUCACGGUGAAAGAGAGAGAAAGAGAGAGAGAGAGAGAGAGAGAAAGAGAGAAAGGGAAGGAACAGUGCGAUAGAGAGACUGUGAUAGAGAAGCGGAAGAAGGGAAAGAAGGACGGACGAUGCGAGCGGAAAAUGUCACUCGGUGAUACGCGCGCACGGAUGACGGGGAGUAAUCAACGGAGCGACGAUCGCGAGUUCGAGGUUGUUAGAAGAGUGUCGUCGCAGCGACGGUGCUGGUGGCGAUCGUCGUCGUCGUCGUCGUCGUCGUCGUCGUCGUCGUUGUGCUCGUCGUCGUCGUCGCUACGCGGUGCCGGCGCGUUGCCGGCAUUGGCGACGGCACGAGCGCGGGAUCACCGGGAACGGGAGCGACGUUAUCGCGUUCUUCUGUCGCGAGCGGGUCCGAGGCCGGACUACUACUACUACUACUACUACUACAACAACAACAACAACAACAACUGCUCCACGGCAACGUUGUCGCCGUGCUCAUCGUUGUCGCAGCAGCAACAGCUGGCGAGAGUCGCGCCGGCGAGUUCCUGAAGAGGAUCAGCGACGCCGCCGCGGGGAGAUUUUCGCGGCGCGACGUCGCCGGUGUAUGGUGUGUGUGUAUGUGUGUGUGUGUGUAUAUACACACGCACAGACGUCUUACGUGCACCACGUAUCCGUAUUACGUACACACGUGCCGCUCGUCCGUCCAUCUGUACGUGUGCGUGUGUGUGUAUGUGUGUGUGCGUGUCGGUGCCGGGUCGCGAGGUUAAGGCACCGCGCGUCGCCCUCGAUACCGCGACGGCCGAGGAAAGUAAAGGCCGGGUGUCGUGCGUGCGCCGACCGAUUCGUUUCGUGCCUACCCUCUCCUCCGCCGCCCCUACCAGUCCUCCCCCCUCCCGCCGGUUCUCCUCACCCUCGCUUCAUCGCGCGACUCUUCUUUCUCUCUCCCGUACAUGUAACGGAUAAGAAGAAGUGUACGACGAUAUACUAGUAGCAGUGUGCGCAUCCGUCAGUAACCUCGGCGGUGACCGUUGCACCGUUUAUGCGUGCAUGCGUGCGUACGUAGGAUCGUCCGUUCGUUCGCUCGCUCGUCGAUUCACACGCGUGCUGUGAGCCAUACAUCAUUGUCGUCCAUGCCGUGACCGACAACGUGCGGUGACUGACGUCUACGGGUCGCCGUCGCCGCGAUGCCGACAGUCGCUCGCCUUCACAGACGUCGCACGGAUUGUUUGCGACAGCGGGGGGUGUCUCGCCGGUCGUAAUCAAGUGGAACAGGAGCAAAAGAGGUACGAGUGUUUUCGCCAGGCUGUACGGCAUCAACGGAGGCUGCAGAUAAUUCAGAAAAAAAAACGAAGCCCCCGAGACACAAAACAGAGGGAGAAAGGGGGAGAGAGAGAGAGAGAGAGAGAGAGAAGUAGGGGUCGCGACUGGCGGACCUAAGUCGGGACACGAUCCCGAAAGAAGGGAAGGAAGAAGACAACAGUCAGCAAUUGGCCGGCCCGAGAGGCGCGUAAAUGAGAGUUCAAGGUCUGCCGGUAGUGGUGGUGGUGUUGGACCAGAGCACGUUUACGCGAUCGAGGAACUUAUUCGAGCGACAGAAGGCGAACGGGAUCGACGCACGUUCCUCUUGCUCGUCUCGCCGUCGUCGUCGUCGUUCUCGGUGGAAGAAGUCGGAAAUAUUCCCGGCUAGGAGACACGCACAUCGUUCCGUAACUACCGCGAGCCGCCGGCCGGGGAGGACAGCUCAGAGAAAGAGGAAGAGGCAGACAGGAGGAGGAGGAGGAGGAGGAGGAGGAGGAGCAGGAGCAGGAGGAUCCGCGAGGGGACGCGAAACGGCGACGGAGCAGCUCUCUGCUGCGCCGCGGUGGACUGUCACACUAUUUCGGGACCGUGAUCCAAAGUGCGCGCGAGAUACGCGCGGGCAUAAAUAAAUAUAUAUAUACGCGAGCGCGACUGUGUGUGUACAUAUAAUAUAUAUAUCUGUGUGUAUGUGUGUAUGUGCGCGCUACGUGCUACUCCACUGUCUGUGAUCCCCCGGUUUUUCGCGUGUGCGCUGCACGUUCUCGCGGGAAAAAAGUGCUUUCCGUUGACAGUGCGUAUACUUCGUGUUUGUUGAACAGACGAAGAAGAGGAAAAGGAGAAAACUGAGAAGGAGAAGAGAAAGAAAAGGAAAGGUCUAGCGGAGGGUGUUCAAGGAGAAAGAGAGGGUGGUCGCGGGCUACGGUCUUCUCGGGCUACGAGACAUCUGAGAACUAUCGGCAGAGAUCGCUUCGACGACCGCGUGCGUGUGUGGUCAGCGACAGAGAGAGAGAGAGAGAAAGAGAGAAAACCCACCACUUCGCUAGUCCUCGUCUCUUUGUUUUCCUAGGCGGCAACGUUGAAAAGGACUGGCCACCAAAUGCACGUACCGCAAAUCUUGUUUCAUGUUCAUGUUCUGGAGCAAACGGACGGUGCUCACUAAACGUCUGCUAAAGGCCAAGGUCCGUGGGGAGCAUGAAACCGAGUGUGAAACUCAAGAGGACUCGUCACGUAUUCAUCGCACUAGCAACACGAGCGGCGUUGCCGGCGGUUACGAUACGAGCAGCAACAACAACAAUAACAACAAUAACGCGACGGCGGGUCGAGUGAGCCGGAGCAGCGCGGCGCGAGGAGGAGCAGCAGCAACAGCAGGAGGAGGAGGAGGAGGUGGUGGUGGUGCUGGUGGUGGAGCAGCGGCGGCAGCAGCAGCAGCAGCAGCAGCAGCGGCAGCGGCGGCAGCGUUGUCAACGGGUGCGCAUACGGGAUACGGUCGCAUCAGCACCGCUACGACGACGUCCAGCAGGCUCCAUCAAGGCUGCUGCGGCGGCGACUCGAGCCAAGAUGACGACGAGGAUCCCAGCAGAUUGAUGAGGUGCAAGGAGCUGCUCAAGACGCUCAAGGAGAAUCAGCUGGAGAUGCUGUUGAACGCCGUCGAGAGCUACGGCGCCGAUCUCGGCUCGUGCGUCCUCGUGCCGCGGCAACAACAGCAGCGAGGAGGACCCGACGAUCACCACCGCUCGUACGAUCAGCAACACGAGCAGCAGCAGCAGCAGCAGCAGCAACAACAACAACAACAACAACAACAACAACAACAACAACAGCAAUACGGCGGCAGGCCGCAUCGCCAUCACCCCCGUCAUUUCCAUCAUCAGCGCUAUCGUCAUUAUCGUCACCACCGUUCCCGGCACCAUCGCUCGUCCUCCAUCGAGGACGAGCAGGAGAGCUGCUCCGCGUCCGAGGAGUCCACGUCGCCGAUGAGGUCGGCGGACGAGAGGUACUGCGGGAAAGCGGGAGCCGGCGGCGGCGGCGGCGUCGUCGUCGCGCCAGUGAGAGGAGGAUCGUCGGCGGCUGAGAGCAGCGCACCGAGCGACCCGCACCUGCUCUGCUGCCAGAUCUGGCGGUGGCCGGAUCUCGAGCACUCCUCGGAGCUCAAGAGACUUCCUAUCUGUCAUUCCGCUAAAGACCCCGUAUACAUAUGCUGCAACCCCUACCACUGGAGCCGGCUCUGCAAACUCGAGUCGCCGCCACCCCCGUACUGCCUUAUCACCGACAGACUGAGACCCGAAGAUCGCGCGCCCAGCGAAGGGGAUCAACGUCGGUGCAAAAACAGCACGCCCCUGCCACUUCCCGGCUCGCUUACCACCAACGGAGAAGGUAACUAUGUCCUCAAGGUUAUACGUAUCCCCCAUAUGCUCUCGGAUCUUGCGUCGAGAGAUAUACGAAGCAUCCCGCGAGGGUCUUUAUAAUGAUAACGAUGACGACGACGUCGGCGGCGGAGGAUCGUCGAGAUCGUCGGAUUUCGAUCGACCAGCUUUUUCAGGAAAAAGCGAAACGAUCUCUCGCGCGUGUCGCUUGUUCUCUCUCUCCUCGCCUUGGACUCGCGAAUGAUCGCUCAACCGCGCACGAGAUUCGUCCGCUUUACGUCACUGAUCGACGGCGCCACGCUCCUGUCCACGUGGGUAACCUUGAUCGACGCGCCGCGAUCGAUCUCUUCUUGCGUUUCGCGACGGUUUUCUUUUCCGGCGGGCGAUCCGUGCGACGGAAGUUCACGAGGGCGAACUCGUACCACUGGGCGACGGAAUUGUCCGUAUCGAGGGAAAAAAAGAGAAGAGCAGGAAAAAAUUCACGUCCCCGGUAUCGGAGUAGCGGCGAGGGAGAGGAGAGUACGACGGGUCUGGCAAUUUCGCGCUCGAUGACACGCGAUUACGAUUGCGACAAUGAUUUAUCCGCGCCCAUCGGCCCGCGAAAUUUUCUCGAAAGGCCGGAGUGAUGCAUCGCCGGCGCGGCGCAGCGCGACGCACCGAAGAAAUUUCCUCAGCACGCACGUUCCACGGGGCUGACGCGCGCGUAGGUUUUCACGCAUGACGCACCGCGCGGAUCGCGGACUCGUCGUUUUUCGGGCCGCUCUCGGGCUCUCGCGCUCUCGCGUUGCUUCGUGGAACGCCUGAAACGCUUUUGGCCCCGGUCAGAACGAGGAAAGCGAGCGACGAACGAACGAACGCGCUGUUCCCUCGACUGCCCGACGACCACGCUCGUUUCCCCGCGUUGCAUUCCGCUCGCGACGUCGUUCGAUAAUUCUCCGUUGUCGCGGGACUUUUCUCUCUCUCUCUCUCUCUCUCUCUCUCUCUCGCGACGAGACGGAAACUGGAAACACGGACGAUUACAAUAAUAAAAAAGAGACGCGCGACGGGUCUUGAAUGUGUGUUGAAAAACAUUCGUACGACGGGGAGCGACGUCUCGCAAGGCGAUUGUCCGUUUACUUGUGUAAUUAUUAAGCCUACUACAGCGGUAUUUCUUUCACCGCUACGCAAACCAGAGACGCGAACGAUUCGAGCAGCAUGGAGAGACACGGUCUUGAGAGAUAGAAAAAAAUUUUGUACGAUGGAAGUUUUAUACCUCAUUGUUACAAGACGAUUGUUCGUUUACUUAUAAUUAUCAGGCUCGCUCGGAAGGUAUUUUAAUGGAUAAAGCGUCGAUCGUACCUUGAACAGACAUAAUUUGAUCCGUGGUGGAAGGGUUCAAGCCUGGAGCGUGUGGCGUUUGUUCAUGC